AUGUCACAAAAGCCCGGGGUGUUUUCGAACUUGCGCAUGGGUGAAGUGGUUCGUGAAAAAGUCCAAGAUGGGCUCACAGGGGAAACUAAAGAGAUACAAUAUUCGCAAUGCAAAAUCGUCGGCAAUGGAUCGUUCGGAGUAGUCUUCCAGACAAAGAUGAUGCCCAGCGGCGAAGAUGCUGCCAUCAAACGAGUUCUCCAAGACAAGCGUUUCAAAAACCGUGAGUUACAGAUCAUGAGGAUUGUGCGCCACCCAAAUAUUGUAGAACUCAAGGCAUUCUACUAUUCGAACGGCGAAAGAAAGGACGAAGUCUACCUUAAUCUAGUCCUAGAAUACGUACCGGAAACCGUGUAUCGGGCGUCCCGCUACUUCAAUAAGCAGAAGACAACCAUGCCGAUGUUGGAAGUGAAGCUCUACAUUUACCAACUUUUCCGUUCCCUCGCAUACAUCCACUCACAAGGCAUCUGCCACCGUGACAUCAAACCCCAAAAUCUUCUCCUUGAUCCUGCGACCGGUAUUCUCAAACUUUGUGAUUUUGGAUCCGCCAAAAUUCUGGUCGAGAACGAGCCGAACGUUUCGUACAUCUGCUCUCGCUACUACCGAGCCCCAGAGUUGAUUUUUGGUGCAACAAAUUACACAACCAAGAUCGAUGUAUGGUCUACCGGUUGUGUGAUGGCAGAGCUGAUGCUUGGACAACCACUUUUCCCAGGAGAGUCCGGAAUUGAUCAACUCGUCGAGAUCAUCAAAGUUCUUGGUACUCCUACUCGGGAGCAGAUCCGUACGAUGAACCCCAAUUACAUGGAACACAAAUUCCCCCAAAUUAAGCCACACCCGUUCAAUAAGGUCUUCCGGAGAGCCCCGCAUGAGGCUAUCGAUCUGAUUUCUGCACUACUGGAAUAUACCCCGACUCAACGACUCUCCGCUAUUGAAGCUAUGUGCCACCCAUUCUUUGACGAACUCAGAGAUCCGAACACACGGCUGCCUGACUCCCGGAAUCCUAAUGGAGCGAUAAGGGAUCUUCCUAAUCUCUUCGACUUCUCAAAGCACGAACUCUCGAUCGCUCCUGCGAUGAACAACCGACUGAUUCCUCCCCACGCUCGACCUGCUCUCGAAGCCCGCGGGCUAUAUAUCGAUAACUUCAAACCCCUCACGAAGGAGGAGAUGAUGGCCCACCUUGACUGA